UCCCUUCGCCUCCACAUUCUCUCUCUCUCUCUCUCAUUCUCUCUCUCAAUAUUUCCCAAUUCUAAACUUUUUUUCUUCUUUGUGAAAAGAGAUUUUUAUGAACAACUACUAACUAGUGGUAAUAUAAAGGGUAACUUUUUUCCUAAUUUGAUAUCAAGAGAAGCCAACANAAAAAAAAAAAAAAAAAAAAGAGAGCUUUUAUAUUUUGUGUGUGUGUGUGUGAUUUACUCUGUUUUUACAAUGGUUUUGUUUUGUGAAAUUUUUAUUGGUGAAGAAGGGAAUUUAGAAGACGCAGAGUGGAGAAACGAAUUAUAAAAAAAAAGUUUUUUUUACCUUCUCUCCUCUGUUUCAGAAACAGAGACAGAUCAAGAAGAUAUCACAAGCAGAGAACUGUGUGUGUUGUCUUCUCAUCAUCUCCUUCUUCUACUGGGUUUUUUUUUGUUAAAAUAUCAAGAAACCAUGUCGGCGAGUGUACUAAGUGAUCCAACAAUGCUAAUUUCAACACCAGAAGUAAUCAUCGUCUCGCCGGCGCCGGGGACACAGACCUCCGGAGACGAGCCGGAGCAGGUUACGUGUGAGUGCUGCGGGUUAACCGAGGAGUGUACGCAAUCUUACAUAGAGAUGAUCAAAGAGCGUUACAUGGGUAAAUGGAUCUGUGGGCUCUGUUCCGAAGCAGUCAAGUACGAAGUCAUAAGAACGAAACGUUUCGUAACAACAGAGGAAGCUAUGGCAAGGCACAUGAACAUGUGUAAUAAGUUCAAAUCAUCAAGCCCACCUCCGAAUCCGACAGGGCAUUUGAUCUCUGCGAUGAGACAGAUCUUGAGAAGAAGCUUAGAUUCACCAAGAAUGCUUAGAUCCAUGCCUAGUAGUCCUUCUAAAGACGACGACCAAGAUCAUCAUCAUGAUUGUGUUUCUUCUUCUAAUGUUUUGUCUAGGUCUGAUAGCUGUUUCGCUAGUUUGACUUAAAAAAAAAAAAAGACAUCGUUGAAAAAAACGAAAAAUGUUUUUAAACCGUCGGUUUAGGAACCCACCUUGGAUUAAAUCCGGUUUUCAGUUUGUAAAAAUUUCGUCGGUAAACCAAAAAUCGGUCACUGUAUGUGUUUUUGCCGGAUUUGUAUACCUUGUGGAAACUUUUUGGGCAAUUCUUGCUUUUUUUACCCAAUUGCUAAUAAAGGUUCGGAAUUGUGUCGC